AUGUUUAACCUCACAAAUCCAUACCGCGCUAUUCAGGUUGGUGUUAUUCUGCUUCAAGGAGGACUUACGGAACUUAUUGAUGUGGCACCUAUCGAGCUCCUUACCCAUGUGAGCCAUAAAUUCGUUGACCCGCUACCGGAAGCUGUUGUCCCGAAUCACAUCAAGCAACAAGCGCAUGAAUUCCAGUUCCACUGGGUUUCCGAGGAAGGACCGGCUUUACCUAUACUAGAUAUUGUUAUCAUUGGCGCGACUGGCUCUGGAGACCCAAGCGAAACCGAAAUACAAUAUCUAAGACAGGCUUAUAAUGAUAGCUCCGCCUUUAUCAGCAUUUGCUUUGGGUUUCUAGGGCCACUGGCAGCUGGCUUGCUUGAAGGGAAAACCGUUACGGCGCCUCGUUUUGUCCUAGAUACGUAUCGGGCUCAGGUCCCACAGACGAACUGGGUAGACAAACGCUGGACAAGAGACGGCAAACUCUGGACUAGCGGCGCGCUAUUGAAUGGCUUAGAUGUAAUGUCUUCUUUCAUUCAGCAGACGUGGCCAAGUGGCAAAGGCACUCUAGUGGACAUGAUUAUGACAAUGGCGGCAUGGCCAAGCGGUAGUAGUAACUACAACACCACAAUGUGGACAUGA